GGAAGGGUCCGGGGAGCUUGGGCCAACAUGAAGACGCGUCGGGUUGGAUGGAUUGGAUGGAAAAAAUCCAAAGUCGAUGUUAAAGCCUUAAUUUGGAAAGCAGCUGGAAUACAUCAGAUACACCGCUCAUCAACCGAUCGUAGCCUUCAAUUGCCAGUGACUGCGAAUUGACGAAUUGAAGCACUCUGCUCCCACGUCUGCUAUUUCUCAAGAUCAAACUGCAUUCACAACCAUCCUCGCAUCCCUUGUCGACCAUGGCGACCGAACGAGCGACGAAAGAGGCAAUCUCGAAACCCGACAAUGACCUAUCCAGAACACCCGACAGGCCACGCAAAGAGUUUACACCCGAGGAGCUUGAGGAGUUGAGGAGAAAGUCGCGUCUAUCAAUGCCGGCGCCGAUUCGUAUACCCGUCGCUUCGUUUCUCUCGUUCGGAGUCGGCAUGUGUCUGGGCAUCGCACAAGGCAGUAAAAUGGCAGGACUUCGAUUCAGGGCAGAACACGCACACAAGCUUCCCACAACCACGCCGGGAUGGUUCCUAUAUCACAAAAGCAAGAACUACCAUGUCGCAUUUUCGAGCAUCAAGGAAGGGUUGAAAAUGGGAGGACGCAUCAGCGUUUGGACUACAGCCAUGUUCGCCAUUGAAAACAUGUUUGACGUGUGGAGGGGUUACCCGGAUGCCAUCAACACGGUCUUGGCUUCUGUGACAGUCGCUGGUGGAUUUAGCCUAUGGCAUCGAUUCCCGUUGGUGAUGGCAGCUCGAACAACAAAGAUGGCGCUGAUAGCGGGAGUUGCCUAUGGUGGUCUUCAAGAUGCGGUCGGAUUCCUACGAGGCCGACCGAUCAGCUAUGUUGAAUAUGUGCGAAAACGUCUUGGAAAUUCGGGGGUUUCUAAUUCGAUGACUUGACUGGUCGAUUGACGAGUCUUGUUAUUAAUUAACGACAUAAGUUGCAAUCUCGAGCGGGGAAGGUAGCUUAGCUCCGCGCGAUGCUGCAGUACGGAGCAAGGAGUUGAGCAUUGACUGACGGCCCGCAGGGUAGUUGGGAACGUUACUUCGGCAUCGGCGCUUGGCUGUCGGUGAUUGGCCGGGAAUCUAUGCACCAGUAGUCGAGAGCGGCUUUCCGGACUGAUUCGAGACCAUCUCAAAGAUCAAGUGACGCUUGUAUCUUCUACGGUACCGCUAAACCCCGUGAGAUCAUGGUUACGGAGGUGGCGCUGAGUCUCGUUUGCGAUUUCGGACCGCAUCACAUGGUCAAAGCUUGGCAGGCUCGCCUACAUACGGGACUUUAACCGUCUGCGCAUGGCAGACUGCAUGGAUGCGACAGGUCAACAAGUUAUGCAAUUCCAAGAUACAACCAACAUCUGCCAACCCGGGGUAAUCGGACCGGUCAUACAGUCAGAAUUCUAGGACGAUCCCACUGCAACAAUGGUUGCAAAAUCUGCACGGAGUCGAGGGAGACAAAGGAACCCAAUUUAGAUCGAGAAGGGAUUGGCGCCAGAACUUGUUCCAAAACUAGCAAAACUUCCAGGCCAACGUGCUAUGCAAGUGGGUUUCCACUGACUAGGUCGGCCAGUGGGCCCCGGCUACACACGGCAUUCAUCAAGUCAUUUUCAUAUCAGAUCCACGUGACGACCCAAUGCUACUACUCUUUGUCUGGAAAGAUCCGGCAACGUCCAUGCACAUGCAUGCGUCGUGGGGGGGUUGGUUUUGGGUUUCAUGGUCGAAUCUCGAGCCGCAGACCAAAAAAAAACCCCAAAACAAAGAAGGCCCAG